AUGGCAAUGGCCCAGCUCACUCAGGACCUCAUAGAAGAAAUUUUGUCAAGGCUUCCCGUCAAAUCUCUUAUGCGUUUCAGGUGCGUUUCUAGCACUUGGAAUUCCCUCAUCUUCCAAGCACACUUUGUCAAAUUGAACCUUCAAAGGUCAUCUAGAAACACCCACGUCCUAUUAAGGUGUCAAAUUAAUACUGUGUUUGAAGAUAUGAGGGACCUCCCAGGCAUCGCCCCAUGCUCUAUAUGUAGUUUACCUGAGAACCCAUCAUCCACUGUUGACAAUGGUUGCCACCAGCUAGACAACAGAUACUUAUUUAUAGGUUCCUGCAAUGGGUUGGUUUGCUUGAUUAAUUUGGUUGCUAGAGGUGAAUUCAGUGAAUACUGA